AUGGCCGAGUCUGAACCAAAUCCAUUGAUCGUGUUUGCCACGAUCGUCGCUAUCAUUGGGUCUUUUGUGGCGUUUUAUUUUCUUCAAAAAACGAAGAAGGACGCUCCAGUGUUAUCGCCAGAAGAUUACAAGAAAUUUCCCUUGAUAGAGAAGCACCGUGUGUCUCACAACUCGUGUGUUUACAAGUUUGGUUUGCCAAGAUCUACCGACAAGUUGAACUUGCCAAUUGGCCAGCAUAUCUCCAUUUCUGCUGUCAUCAACGGUAAGGAGGUUGUGAGAUCUUACACUCCCAUCUCCAACAACGACCAGUUGGGCUCUUUUGACUUGUUGAUCAAGACCUACGAGAACGGUAACAUUUCCAAGUAUGUCGAGUCCAAGAAGAUUGGUGAGCACAUUGAUAUCAGAGGCCCUAAGGGUUUCUUCACCUACACUCCCAACAUGACCAAGUCCUUUGGCAUGGUUGCUGGCGGUACUGGUAUCGCUCCAAUGUACCAAAUCUUGACUGCUGUCUUGAACAACCCCGAGGACAAGACCAAGAUCCACUUGGUCUACGCUAACGUGUCUGAGGAGGACAUUUUGUUGAGAGCAGAGUUGGAGGAGUUGAAGAGAGAACACCCAGACCAAUUCCACAUCCACUAUGUCUUGAACACCCCACCUGACAACUGGAACGGCUCUGUUGGUUUCGUUACCCCAGAAAUCAUGGAUGAGCACUUACCAAAGAACACCGACGACACUAACUUGUUGAUCUGUGGUCCUCCAUUGAUGGUUUCUGCCAUCAAGAAGGCUGCCCAGACUUUGGGCUAUCCAAAGGCCAAGCCAGUCUCCAAGUUGGGUGACCAGGUCUUCGUCUUUUAA